UUCUACAGAGUUCGAGUUGGGAUCCAGUCACCGGAAGGGAUCACCACUACCCGAUGUACAUUGCGAAGAUAUAGUGAUUUCUUGAAGUUACUUUCUGAACUUAAAAAGGAGUUUCCAAAGAAAGCUUUGCCCGUGGCCCCUGCUAAGAGAAUUUUGAGAAUUAAAAGCAAGAGAUUGUUGGAAGAGCGGCGGUGUUGUUUGGAGGAUUGGAUGGGACAACUACUAUCAGACAUUGACAUAUCCAGAAGCACUCCAGUAGCUAUGUUUCUUGAGCUAGAAGCUGCUGCAAGGUCUUCAUUCGAUGAUGUAGAUCAGCAAAUUACAGAAGCAAAUUCUUCAUCUAGUGUUGUCACUCCAUUUCUGUUUGAUGCCAGCUCAGAUGUUUCCCUGGUUGCUGGUAGUGCAUCAGUUGCAUCUGAUCAUGAUAAUGGUUCUUCCAGUGACAUAACUGAACUGGGAAUGCCCAGGCUUGGGAAAGGUAAUGAUAUUCUUGUAGAAGAUUCAACUUGUGAGCAAAAAUUAACUGAUAAGAAUUACAAUUUGGGGAAGCUGGAAAGAGUUUCCAGGCAGAAAAUGCAGACUGGUGGAGAUAUCAGAACCAUAGUUGGAAAGGAACUUUCGGAAAGGAUAGUCGAAGCUCUUCGUAGUGACAGAACAGAGCCUUUGACUGAAGUAGAGCAUCAAAGGUUAGAUGACCAUGCUCAAAGAUUCUCUAUGGAAAGCAUCAGAAGUGACUUAAGCUCUGCAAGAGCUAGUGAAGCAUCAAACAUCCCUGAAGGUGUUGAAGCUUCUACCUCCAUGGAUGCUCCUUUUAAUGCAUGUUUGCAGUCUGCAGAUUUGAUUGUUGCACUUCCAUCAGAUGAGAGACAUAAAUUUAACAGAAUUCUUAAGACAAUGCAACAGAGACUUGCAACAGCAAAGACAGAUAUGGAAGAUCUCAUUGCAAGAUUGAAUCAAGAAAUUACUGUACGGCAAUUCUUGACGACUAAGGUGAAAGAUUUGGAAGUGGAACUGGACACUACGAGAGAGAAUUGUAAAGAAAACAUUCAGCAAGCUGCUCUAAUUGAAAAGGAAAAAUUUACUCAAGCACAAUGGGAUAUGGAGGAACUUCGGAAACAAUGCUUGGAGAUGGAACUGACAUUGAAGUCUGUUCAGGAUGAAAAGGCGCGGAUUGAAUUAGCAAAAUUGUCACUUCUUCAGGAAAACAACACAUUGCUGCAGGAGUUGAAUAUUGUCAGGGAGCAGCUUGGGAACUUGCAUAAAGGCCAUGAGGAGUUAGAGGUGAAAUCUAAAGCAGAUGUGAAAGUUCUAGUUAAAGAGGUUAAAUCUUUACGAAGCUCUCAAUCAGAAUUGAAGAAGGAGCUUAGCAGCCUGAUGAAAGAAAAAUUAGAACUAGAGAGGGUUCUUCAAAAGGAAAAACAGAAGACGGAGCAUACAGACACAGCAAACGCAAAGUUGUUGCACGAGUGUGAAAUUCUUUGGAAUCGACUUCAGGAAUGUAGUGUCAAUUUCCUUGUUGAAGAGGAAGAUAAAUUGACUGUGGAGACUUCAUCCCCAUCUGAUGCUAUUGAUCUAUUGGUAACCUCUGACAACCGAAUCGGUCUCCUCCUUGCUGAGGCCCAACUCCUUGCACAAGAUGUGGAAGUUUCGGGGAGGAGAUUGGAUGAAACUGAAAACGUAGAUGGUAAUAUUCGAAGAACUAAAGAUGAGCUGAAGAAGAUGCUGACAGAUAUUUUAGUUGAUAAUGCGAGAUUGAGGAAGCAAAUGAACUCUGUGCUUCGUUGCACACUCAACCCUUACGUUAAAUCUGAUAAAGAAGAUGAGGAUGAAGAAGAGGAGACUAACUUAAGAAAAACUGUUCUCAACAAGUUCUUAGAGAGAUAAAACACAUCAUUGAUAUCAGACUCAGAAAUCCGGUAUAAAAAGUGGGAAGAAUUUUCCACUUUCUUGGUAAAUAAUAGCAGAACACUUGUUCUUAUAGUUUGUUACUUCCCAAUCACCAGUACAGUUCUGUAUCAUAUU